AUGUUGAACAUUAACAAAUGGUUCACAAGAAGGUGGGCCAAAAUAAAUGAAUCAAUAUGGACAAGGUUAUUUAUUUUAACAUCAAUCAUUCAAACUAUAUUAGUUAUAGUAUUAGAAUCUCGGGUAUUUGAGCGAAAUAAUUCGAUAAGAUUAUUUGUUAAAGGUUUUAAAGACACUGAAGAAUUUACAACAUGUAAAAUUGAUUCUGCUGAACAACGAAUGAUACAAUCUUCGUCAAGAUAUACUCCAAAGGUUGCGACUAAUUCUACUUCAAGAAUUACCCCAAGAAUGAACACCACAAGAAACGCUUCCAAAAACGGUUCAGAAGAACGAGAAUUUUUUAACGAGGGACUCCGUCGUUGA